AUGACUAAAAACACCAGCGUCUCAGGAUUAAAGCAUUCUAUUGGCCAAUUACCCAUUGUCAGAAUUGAAAGGAACAGUCAGGCCUCUGCAUCCCUGUUCUUUCUCCUUCGGGGAAGCUGCCAGCCCAACUCUGCUUCCUGCUUCCGAGGCUCUCACCUCAUCCACAGCCCCCCAGACUCACCCCGAGGUCACCAACACCUUCCCAGAGAGGCUGCGCUGCCUGAAGGGUCGCCCGAAGCCAUCUCGCCCGCCAGCCCCUGCAGGAAAUUGGAGGAACAGGAGCAAUUUCCCGGCGCUUUUCCCAUUCCGCUGCUCUCUGCAUGUGCACCUCCAUCCAAGACAAGGAAUGAGCUCGCCAAGUGGAGAAGUGCUCUGCCGGGAGACCAGCCAUCAAUCAAUAAUCAGCUUCAUGCAAAUUUGCUGGAGCUGAAGGUGAGGCGGGCCCACCUCCAUGGCACUCCCCAUCCAUCCAUGCACACCGAUGCAGGUUCCACGGACAGCAGGAAGCAGGGUCAAGACCCGAAGGAGAAAACACCCUCCGUCUGUUUAGAGACAAGCACUCGGUCCCCUGAGGACCCGGUGGGAGGCGCAGGUCUGCAUCUCGAACUCAUGUUCACAAAACAGCCCUUCGUCUCGUUGGGCGAGAUGCGCCUGCCUCUCACUAAGUGCACGAAUUUGUGA